AUGCCUAUCUGUAUAGAGUGCCGCUAUCCUGUCAAAACUCUGUGGACACAAUAUUCCGGAGCCGAUGACAAGUCCAAUGGGCACUUGAUCCGUCUCACUGUCUGCCGAAAAUGUGGUCAUUUCUGUGAUAAAUAUGUAGAGCACGACUUUGUUGUGCUCUUCAUCGACCUGGUCCUCAUUAAACCUCAGCCUUCCAUCAUUCGUUUGGGCGUGUUACUUCUGCUGUUUGAUGUCUACUUGACAUGGGCGCGAAUAGAGAAGCAAACCAUACCGUCGUCAACACCCGGCGAGAGUAAAUUAGGGCCGCUGGCGGAACAGCCGAUUGUGAUCCAGUACAUGUUCUUUCUGGUUCUUUGCGCCUUGUCCACCAUCGCUUUCCAUUUGAGCAUCCGAUUUUUUACCUCGUCCCACUUCUCGCCGCUGAAUAUCACAGGACUGAUGCCACGGUAUAACCGCCCGAACUCGGUAUCGACAGCCUUACUUGUCUCAUCCUCGACCAAAUUAUUUCCAAUAUUGAUGGUCAUCUGGGAAUAUGAUGUGCCCGCUGCCGCGAGGUCCCUAGGUUGGGCUGUCGUAGCAAAUAAUGUAGAAGCCCUGCGGAUUCUGCUUGACUGCAAAUACUAUGUAGCCUGCUUCUUGGCAAUUGCCGGCGCAUCUGUACGUUGGGCUGUGGGCCAGCUGAUAUUGAUCUCUGCUGGGCUGGGCGAUGUAGACUCCAUCGGUGAUAGCAGCGUUGCUGCAGAUGGCAAAGCUCUUUGGGCCUUAAUGAAGUACAUUAGGGAUUGGGCUGGCCGUUUAGCUGUAGGAUAG